UCUCUGCUUCUAUUGUCCACUUGCAAAGGAUCAGUGCGUCAAAUUGUCGUCAUGGAAUCAGAAGGACGGCGUGAGCCUCCAAAACCACCAGUCAAGAUUGUUGUCGCAGGAGCAAGUGGUCUUAUAGGGAAGAGGCAUUUGCAGCAUGUGGUCGAGGAACCGGAAGCUGAGCUUGUGGCAAUCAUCGAUCCCGAUGUGGUCGGCUCUGAGCUUGCAAGUCAGCACCACUGCCCAUGUUUUCGAGUGGUGCCUGACUUCCUGGCUUCGUUGGAAGCCGGAGAGAUCUCGGCAGAUGCAGUCAUUCUGGCCACGCCGAACCAUACGCACGCACCUUUGGCCACACAAUUCGUGGUAGCAGGCCUAGCAGUACUGGUCGAGAAGCCAUUCACCGCAACGGGUGCUGAAGGACGCGCUCUCUUGAAGGCCCGCAGCGAGGCUCCUUUGGGGAAGGCUGUCAUCAUGGUCGGUCAUCACCGAAGGCAUAACCCUUACACCAUCGCUGUCAAAAAGGCAAUCGAUGAAGGGCGCCUCGGGAGAAUUGUUGCCAUCAAUGGAGUAUGGGCAAUGCGCAAGCCACCCGAAUACUUUGCCGUCGACUGGCGGCGACAACUAGGCUCGGGAGGAGUUGUCUUGAACAACGCAAUCCACGAAAUCGACAUCCUUCAAUACCUGCUGGGCGAUAUCGUUGAGGUCUAUGCCGUUGAAGGCGUCAAAGAGAGAACUCACCCGGUGGAUGAGACGGUCCUUACUACUAUGAAAUUUGCCAGUGGCGCGGUGGGAUCCUUCUUGUUCUCCGACACUGCAACGUCGCCGCAUGCUUGGGAAGCCGCGACCGGGGAGAACCCUCACAUCCCCGCCGCCGGCGAGACAUGCCUCACGAUCUUUGGCACGAAAGGAUCAGUAGGAAUUCCUGCACUGACACGAUUCCACCAGGACGACCGUACGUCUCAAGAGCAGAACUGGUCUUUUCCAUUAUCAAGAGACGACACACUGAAAGAGCAGAUUGAUGACACUCCGCCCUUGUCCCGCCAGCUGAGACAGCUCAUCGCCGCAGUGCGUGGUGAGGCAGAACCGAACUGUCCUGCCGAAGACGGGUUGCGCGCGGUCAUGGUGGUCGAGGCGAUAUUGAAGAGUCUCGCGAGGCGCGAACCGGUGAUUGUUGAGCAGGUGUAG